GAGGGAGAAACUAAGAGGGGCGGGAACUUUCUCCUCUCGCGAGAACUGGCACAGUGGUAGCGGCGUGUCAGAGAGUAGCGUGGGGGCGGGGAGGAGAGGCGGCGGCGGCGGCGGCGGCGGUGGCGGCGGUAGCGGUAGCGGUGGCGGCGUCCGAGCUACGCCACACGGGGUCGGGACGCUGGGAGCCGGGGGACAGCGCGGGGUCGUGGCGGCGGCGGUGAGAAGAGCGCGGAGGAGGGCGAGCCAUGGCGGGGCAGCAGUUUCAGUACGAUGACAGCGGGAACACCUUCUUCUACUUCCUCACUUCCUUCGUGGGGCUCAUCGUGAUCCCAGCCACAUACUACCUCUGGCCCCGAGACCAGAAUGCCGAGCAAAUUCGAUUAAAGAAUAUCAGAAAAGUAUAUGGAAGAUGUAUGUGGUAUCGUUUGCGGUUAUUAAAACCCCAGCCAAAUAUUAUCCCCACUGUAAAAAAAAUAGUUCUGAUUGCAGGAUGGGCGUUGUUCUUAUUCCUUGUAUACAAAGUUUCCAAAACAGACCGAGAAUAUCAAGAAUACAAUCCUUAUGAAGUAUUAAAUUUGGAUCCUGGAGCAACUGUAGCAGAAAUUAAGAAACAGUAUCGUUUGCUCUCACUUAAAUAUCAUCCAGAUAAAGGAGGUGAUGAAGUUAUGUUCAUGAGGAUAGCAAAAGCCUAUGCAGCUUUAACAGAUGAAGAGUCCCGGAAAAAUUGGGAAGAAUUUGGAAAUCCAGAUGGGCCUCAAGCCACAAGUUUUGGAAUUGCCCUGCCAGCAUGGAUAGUUGACCAGAAAAAUUCAAUUUUGGUUUUGUUUGUAUAUGGUUUGGCAUUUAUGGUUAUCCUUCCAGUUGUUGUGGGUUCUUGGUGGUAUCGCUCAAUACGCUAUAGUGGAGACCAGAUUUUAAUACGUACAACACAAAUUUAUACAUAUUUUGUUUAUAAAACCCGAAAUAUGGACAUGAAACGUCUCAUCAUGGUUUUGGCUGGAGCUUCUGAAUUUGAUCCUCAGUAUAAUAAAGAUGCCACGAGCAGGCCAACAGAUAAUAUUUUAAUACCACAGUUGAUCAGAGAAAUUGGCAGCAUUAAUUUAAAGAAGAAUGAGCCUCCACUUACCUGCCCAUAUAGCUUGAAGGCCAGAGUUCUUUUACUGUCUCAUCUUGCUAGAAUGAAAAUUCCUGAGACCCUUGAAGAAGAUCAGCAGUUUAUGCUGAAAAAGUGCCCUGCGCUACUUCAAGAAAUGGUUAAUGUGAUUUGCCAACUCAUAAUAAUGGCCCGGAGCCGUGAAGAAAGGGAGUUUCGUGCUCCAACUUUGGCAUCCUUAGAAAACUGCAUGAAGCUUUCACAAAUGGCUGUUCAAGGCCUUCAGCAGUUUAAAUCUCCCCUUCUACAGCUCCCUCACAUCGAAGAGGACAAUCUUAGAAGAGUUUCUAAUCAUAAAAAGUACAAAAUUAAAACUAUACAAGAUUUGGUGAGUUUGAAGGAACCAGAUCGUCACAGCCUACUACACUUCCUUGAAGAUGAAAAAUAUGAAGAAGUUAUGGCUGUCCUUGGGAGUUUUCCUUAUGUAACUAUGGAUAUAAAAUCACAAGUACUGGAUGAUGAAGACAGCAAUAACAUCACAGUAGGAUCCCUAGUUACAGUGUUGGUAAAAUUGACGAGACAAACAAUGGCAGAAGUAUUUGAAAAGGAACAGUCCAUCUGUGCUGCAGAGGAACAGCCUGCUGAGGAUGGGCAAAGUGAUGCUAACAAGAACAAGACGAAAGCAGGAUGGCAGCAGAAGAGUAAAGGACCCAAGAAAACUGCUAAGUCAAAAAAAAAGAAACCUUUAAAAAAAAAAACUACACCUGUGACACUACCACAGUCAAAGCAGCAGAAACAAAAGCAGGCAAAUGGAGUAGUUGGGAAUGAAGCUGUGGUAAAGGAGGAUGAAGAGGAAGUUUCUGACAAAGGUAGUGACUCUGAAGAAGAAGAAACCAAUAGAGAUUCCCAGAGCGAAAAGGAUGAUGGGAGUGACAGAGAGUCUGAUAGAGAGCAAGAUGAAAAACAGAACAAAGAUGAUGAAGCGGAAUGGCAAGAAUUACAGCAAAGUAUACAGAGAAAGGAGAGAGCUCUCUUGGAAACCAAAUCAAAGAUCACACAUCCUGUAUAUAGUCUUUAUUUUCCUGAGGAAAAACAAGAAUGGUGGUGGCUUUAUAUUGCAGAUAGGAAAGAACAGACAUUAAUAUCUAUGCCAUAUCACGUGUGUACACUGAAAGAAACAGAAGAGGUAGAACUAAAAUUUCCUGCACCAGGCAAACCUGGAAAUUAUCAGUAUACAGUGUUUUUGAGAUCAGACUCUUACAUGGGUUUGGAUCAAAUUAAACCAUUAAAGUUGGAAGUUCAUGAGGCUAAGCCCGUGCCAGAAAAUCACCCACAGUGGGAUACAGCAAUAGAGGGGGAUGAAGAUCAGGAAGACAGCGAUGGCUUUGAAGAUAGCUUUGAGGAAGAAGAGGAGGAAGAGGAGGAGGAUGACUAAGCAGUACUGUGAGAAGACCACAGUGUUCGCACAUUCUUGCAAAUUUUUGUUGUUUUGGAGGUGUAUAAUAAACCAGAACCAGUGCAGAACUGACGUUGAGGGAGGUGUUAGUUUCUUUACUAGAAAUGGGUGCAUAAAAUGGGCAGUUGGUUGUGCCUUGGUACAAUCUGGAAAAUACUGAAGGUUUGCUAAAGCCUUUCAUGUAUGGGACGGUGCAUUUAUUUCAUCUGCAAAUGAUAAUAAAUUCUUUGUUAUUAAAACUGUCCAGAAGUGUGGGCUAUGUAUCAUCUGAUCAGUUUAUGGUCCCAGUAAAAGUUAAGGUACAUGAGAAAAGUCUAUAAUUUUUCUUUGUUCAGCUUUAGUUUUCAUAAAUAUGAAAGUAUAGUAAAAAUCACAAUUGUGUUUUAAAUAACAUCUUGUUUUUAAUCUCUUGAUAGGCUCUGUUAUCAUUUAUUGAUACUUUGCAGGUGAUGAAAGAGCGUCAUACAUGAAUUCAAGACUUAUUUUCACUUAUGGUCAUUAGUUGGCAUUCUCUCACAUUCCACAUAAUAUAGAGGGAUGCCUUUUGGGAUUUUUCCUUUCUGAACUGCCCCACUGUCAGACAGAUUAUGAAAAAUGACUUUUAAUGGCUUAAAACAGUUGUAAGCUGCUCUCUUAGCCAGUCAGUGUGGGAUCUUACUCUUUUGAUAAGCUGUAGGUCUAAAGUGAAUGUGGGACCACGUGCUCUGAUAUUGAUGGUUUAUGUUAUUAAACCUUUUAUAAAAGGUUCACUACAAAAGCUGAAUACUCUUAGCUACUCUUUUAAUCUACCUAUCAGAAGCCUUUUAAGGAAAAGAAAUACAACAUUCAAAGGAGGCAUUUUUUGUAUUAAUUUUGAACUCCUGUCAAUAAAAUAGAAGUUUGACUCAUUUUA